AUGAGCGACCAGCACCUCUCGGUGCUUGACGGUGGCAUCUGCGUUGCGUACCUCGUGUCGGUGCUGGUCGUCGGCGCCGCGGCCACGUACGCGUCCCGGCGCAAGGACGAGACAAUCAACGACUACUACCUCGGCGGGCGCCGGCUGCCGUGGUGGGCGCUCGCGAUCGCCGACGUGUCGAGCUACAUUGACAUUGCGGGCACGAUGAUCAACACGGCCUUGAUCUACGCGCUCGGCGUGCGGGGCAUGUACAUUGAGGUACGCGGUGGGCUCUGUCUCUUCCUCGCCUUCCAGCUCGCGUUCACGGGCAAGCUCGUGCGCCGCUGCCCCGUGCGCACCAAAGGCGAAUGGAUCUUGUACCGAUUCGGCGACUCACUCUCGGGCCAAGUCGCGCGGACGCUCAUCGCCAUCGUCUCGCUCCUCGGCGGCGUCAUGGGCACCACGUACUUUGCGAUCGGAGGCGGCAAGUUUGUCACGGAAUUCGUGCCACUCCCGUCGUGGCUUAACCUCCCGCCCGAGUUCUGGGCUGCGGGCGGCCUCAUGCUCGUCGCGGUCGCCUACACGAUCAUCGCUGGCUUCACCUCCAUGGUGCUCACGGACGUGUACCAGUCGGUCUUCAUCUUUGGGUCGUUCCUCCUCGUCUCGAUCCUCGGGCUGCAAGUGUCUUUGCCGGCGACAUUUCACGUCUACCUUCCCACGAACGCCACUUCAACGUUCCUCAACUACACGGUCACGCGCGAAGCGUGGGCGUCGGCGCUCGGGGCCAUGGACCUUCAUCUGCCGGCCGGAUCGACCUUCAGUAUGUACAAUACCUUCACGCCCAUCGUCUUGCUCUACCUGAGUCUGCUCUGCUUUCGGUCGGCGUCGGGCCCCGGCGGCGGCGGCCUCCAAACCGUGCUCGCGACCAAGACGGAGCGCGAAGUGCGGUCGCAGACCUUUCUGGCGAUGGUGCUGCUCCUCCUUCGGUGGGACUUCACGGGCGCGGUCUGUGUCCUCGCCAUCUCGUACUCGGCGGACCAUCCGCACGUGAUCAUCGACCCCGAGCGAGUCGUGCCGUUUGUGCUUGCGAACGUGCUGCCGUCGGGUCUCCAAGGCGUCGUCCUUGCAUCGCUUCUCGCCGCCGCCUUGACCACGUUCGACUCGACGAUCAACAGCGCAUCGUCCUACUGGACGAUCGACAUUUACCAAGCCUUGCUGCGCCCGGACGCUUCGACGAACGAGCUAUUGUGGCACGCCCGCUUGGCAACGAUGUGCGUGCUUCUCGCUGGAUGGGGCGCGUCGCUGUACAUCCACACGAUCAACCGCAUCUGGGGGUUUAUGGUGGUCGCCUUGAGUGGUGGCAUGGUCGUCCCCAACUUUCUCGGCUGGUACUGGGCGCGCUUCAACGCCGUCGGCUACGCGUCUGGCAUGCUCUCCGGUGUCAUCACCGCCGUCGUCGUCUUCUUUGGAUUCCCACACGUGGCCGAGUACGAGUGCUUUCUCUGGUCGUCGAGUAUCUCGGGCGUCGUGGCCUUGAUCGCCUGCCUCGCAACGCCACCGACCAACGCACGGACACUUCGCAUCUUUUACAAGAACGUGCGUCCGCCUGGCUUGUGGACCAAGCUCGCCGAAACGUGCUUGGAGGAGGACGAGCGCCAGCGCACAACCAAAGAAAACCGACUAGAUCUCGCGUGCACGGGACUCAUUUUGUUUGCGCAAAUCGCCACGUAUGUGCUUGCGGUCAGCGUCGUCGUCAAGGCGUGGGCUCAGUGCCUCGUGCUCCUCGGGUGCCUGAGCCUUGUCGCACCACUCAUCUACACGCAGUGGUUUCUCAAGCUCGACACGACUCUCUCGCCCACCCGUGAGCGUCUCCUGCAUCAAGGCGACUAG